AUGGAGCUGGGGCUGGGCCGGGAGACCAACGCCAAUGCCUCCGUCCGCAUGCUGCCCACCUAUGUCCGCGGCACGCCCGACGGCACCGAGCGAGGCGAAUUCCUGGCAUUGGACCUGGGGGGGACCAAUUUCCGGGUGCUGGUGGUACGCGUGGCGCAGGAUGGCAUCCGCGUGGCCAGCGAGAUCUACGUCAUCCCAACUGCUGUCAUGCAGGGCACUGGCGACGCGCUGUUCGACCACAUCAUUGAAUGCAUCAUGGACUUCCAGCUGAAGCAGGACCUGAUGGAGCAGGUCCUGCCUCUCGGCUUCACCUUCUCCUUUCCCUGCCAGCAGCUGGGCCUGGAUAAGGCAGUGCUGCUGAGCUGGACGAAAGGCUUCAGCGCCUCAGGCUGCGUGGGGCAGGACGUGGUCCAGCUGCUGCGGGAGGCUGCCCAGCGCAAGCAGCACUUAGGGCUGAAGGUGGUGGCUGUGGUCAACGACACGGUGGGAACCAUGAUGUCCUGUGGCUACGAUGACCCCAAAUGUGAAAUUGGCCUCAUCGUGGGGACAGGGACCAACGCCUGCUACAUGGAGGAGAUGCAGAACGUGGGCACCGCGGAGGGGGAGCAGGGCCGCAUGUGCAUCAACAUGGAGUGGGGGGCCUUUGGGGACAACGGCUGCCUGGAUGACAUCUUCACCGUCUUUGACCUGCUGGUGGAUGAGAAAACAAUCAACGCAGGCAAGCAGAGGUUCGAGAAGCUCAUCAGCGGCAUGUACCUGGGUGAGAUCGUGCGCCACAUCCUACUGGCACUGGUGGAGAAACGGCUGCUGUUCCGUGGCAAGCCCUGCCCCAAGCUCCAGACCAGGGACAUCUUCCAGACCAAGUUCCUCUCUACCAUCGAGAUCGAUGGGCUGGCCCUGCGGCAGGUACAGGCCAUCUUGCAGGACCUGGAGCUCCAGGCCAACUUUGAGGACAGCAUGCUUGUGCGGGAGGUGUGCCAGACCGUGUCCCUGCGGGCGGCCCAGCUCUGCGCCGCUGGCCUGGCCGCCGUGGUGGAGAAGAUGCGGGAGAACCGGGGCCUG